UACCUUCUUUAUCCUUUUCUUCGAUUUUCAGACCGGGAUUCAGCAACCGUCACUUCAAAAAUUUUCGAUUCAAGCUCCAGAUUUUCAAUAAUACAUCUUUUAUUUUUUCGAGAAAGGAGAAAUACUUCCUCUGGUAAGAAUAUGUCAUGGGUAUUUUCACUGAAGAUCUGUUAUUGAUCGGUUGAUCGAAUUGGGUUCUUCAACUGGAUUUUUCCGUGUUUUAUCUCCGAUCCUCCUGUUUUUGCUGUUUGUCAGAUUCUGAGCAGAAGGUGGAAAGUGAGUGGGAGGUGAUUUGCAUGGGUGACGAUGCCAGAAUUGCGUAGCGGAGCAAGGAGAUCAAAACGGCUUGGUGAUCUCCAGCCUGCCCCUCAGCCUACUAAUCAAGAAGAAAAUUUUCUUGCACCUGCGCAGAAUAGAACCAGAAGGAGGGGAAGAGGGAGAGGCAAUGCAGCUGCUGUAGCAAAAGGGCCUUCUGCAGCAACACCCACUAGGCCCACUGCCGCUGGGAGAGGCAGGGGGAUUAGAUUGAUAGAUUUAGACCCAGAGCCUCCUUGUGAAGUUCUUCCACAAGCUGUUGGUGUUGGGGCUGGGGAACCUGGUUUUAAUAGAAUAGAGGGGGUUGCAGAUAAGGAAAUUGCCAUGGAUGGUGGGAGCGCUGAUAAAGCAAUGGGAGUUGAAGAAGAAGCAAGCACAACUCCAGUGCCUGAGAGGGUACAAGUGGGCAAUUCUCCGAUGUAUAAGACAGAAAGGAAGUUAGGUAAGGGUGGAUUUGGCCAAGUUUAUGUUGGCCGAAGGGUAAGUGGUGGCACCGAAAGAACUGGACCGGAUGCAAUUGAGGUUGCAUUGAAGUUUGAACACCGAAAUAGUAAGGGUUGCAAUUAUGGACCUCCAUAUGAGUGGCAGGUGUACAACACCCUGAACGGAUGUUAUGGGAUCCCAUGGGUUCACUACAAGGGUCGCCAAGGAGAUUUUUACAUUCUGGUCAUGGACAUGCUUGGACCCAGUCUUUGGGAUGUUUGGAAUUCUUUGGGCCAGUCGAUGUCUCCAAGUAUGGUGGCUUGCAUCGCUGUGGAGGCUAUCUCAAUUCUUGAAAAGCUCCAUAUGAAGGGAUUUGUGCAUGGAGAUGUGAAGCCAGAGAACUUUUUGCUUGGUCAGCCUGGAACAGCUGAUGAGAAAAAGCUAUAUCUCAUUGAUCUUGGUUUGGCUUCUAGGUGGAAAGAUGCAUCUUCUGGUCAGCAUGUCGAGUAUGAUCAGAGACCAGAUAUAUUUAGAGGAACCAUAAGGUAUGCAAGUGUGCAUGCUCACUUGGGCCGCACGGGAAGUAGGAGGGACGAUCUUGAGUCGCUCGCAUACACCCUGAUAUUUCUCAUAAAGGGAAGGUUGCCAUGGCAAGGCUAUCAGGGUGACAACAAGAGUUUUCUUGUCUGUAAAAAGAAAAUGGCCACUUCUCCAGAGUUGAUGUGUUGCUUUUGUCCUCCUCCGUUCAAACAGUUCCUUGAGGCGGUUACUAAUAUGAAGUUCGAUGAGGAGCCAAACUAUUCUAAGCUGAUAUCCUUUUUUGAAAGUCUCAUUGAACCAUGCACGACAUUAAGACCAAUAAGAAUUGAUGGAGCUCUUAAGGUUGGGCAAAAGCGCGGGAGGUUGCUCAUUAACUUGGAGGAGGAUGAGCAACCUAAGAAGAAAGUACGGCUGGGUAGCCCUGCUACUCAGUGGAUUUCAGUGUACAAUGCACGACGCCCAAUGAAACAGAGGUACCACUAUAAUGUUGCAGAUUCAAGACUCCGUCAACAUGUAGAGAAGGGUAAUGAAGACGGCUUGUACAUUAGCUGUGUAGCUUCAGCAGCAAAUCUUUGGGCCUUGAUCAUGGAUGCCGGAACAGGUUUCACUUCGCAGGUGUAUGAGCUUUCAGCUGUCUUUCUUCACAAGGAUUGGAUCAUGGAACAAUGGGAAAAAAACUAUUACAUCAGUUCUAUUGCUGGUGCAGCUAAUGGAAGUUCACUGGUGGUUAUGUCUAAAGGAACUCCUUAUACCCAACAGUCAUAUAAAGUUAGUGAAUCAUUUCCAUUUAAGUGGAUCAAUAAAAAGUGGAAAGAAGGUUUCCACGUCACAUCCAUGACUACUGCUGGCAGUCGCUGGGGUGUAGUCAUGUCUAGAAAUUCCGGAUAUUCUGAACAGGUCGUAGAGCUUGAUUUUCUUUAUCCAAGUGAGGGAAUACAUCGCCGAUGGGAAAGUGGCUAUAGAAUAACCUCCAUGGCUGCAACUGCUGAUCAAGCGGCCUUCAUACUUAGCAUACCCAGACGUAAAAUGAUGGAUGAGACUCAGGAGACCCUUCGUACAUCUGCAUUUCCUAGCACCCAUGUAAAGGAAAAGUGGUCCAAGAAUCUCUACAUUGCAUCAAUAUGUUAUGGUCGUACUGUUUGCUGAAGAUGUUGUAAUAUUGUAUUUGUGUUGAAGAUGAUGGGGGUAAAAUUUUGAAAGCUGAGGUUAUCCAGCUCAGGUCGAUUACACUGGGAAAAAUUGCUUUCUUGUUUGUGCCGAAGACCAUGUUUCUAGUUUGUAAAAGUUACCUCUUGUGCUUCUGUAAAAUUCAAAAGCAACCUAGGAAAAUAACACGGAAGCUGCCAAAUAGUAGCCUGAAAUGAGCAUGAGUUGGCGGAGGGAAAAAAUAAUUGAAUUGGGGGGAGGGAAUAGAGUUUCCAUAAGCUUGCCAUUUACGCUAAAAUCUUACAAUGGGGUUCGACUUUUUAUGUCAUAGAUUCUUGGUGACCAAUUAUAUGAUUAUUUAGUUCUGGGAAAUGUUGUGAACAAAAGCCCUUUGUGUCGAUCUGGGCAAGGGGCGCAACUGUGUCAUCAUGCCAUACUGAGGGAGUAAUAAAAGUGAGUAGGGGGUCUUGACUCUUGCGUUAGACUUGGAGGAGGAGUGGUAGAAGAUGUGACAAAAAUGAGAUGAGUCAGAGUUGUUCUUGUUCGUUGAAAACAAUUAUUGUUCGAAAUAAGAGUUAAAUCUUGUUUGUUGAA